UAUUUGGGUUGUGGGGAGGCAUCCUGUUCCAUCACUCAAUCGAUCUCUCUCCAUCAGUUAUCGUCCGCCACGACCUUGUGCUGUGCGUGUCGCUGCCACAUAAAAUUCGCUCUCUCCUUGUCAGCGUCAGAUGAGUGCACGGCCCUGCUGCCUCGGCGCCGCGCACCACGCGCACGCACACGCGGGGCGGGCCUCUUCUUCUUCCUCCUCCUCUUCUGCUGGGUCCUGCUGGGCGUCCAUGGCGCCGUGGAUCGUCGUCGACUGCUCCAACCUCAGCUGGCUCCUCUUCUUCACCUACGACACUCACAACUUCGCCAAGCCCGGCCUCUAGCACACGCCUCUUGUGGUCCAUUUUCUUCCACAACCUAGCGAGCAAUUCUGUUCUCUUCAUCAGUGGAGCAACCAGCAAGUAGCAAGCGCGGUCGAGCAUGUCCGGGCCUCGGCGGUGCGGCAGCAGGCGGCCAGCGGUGGUAGGGGACAGCAGCAACGGAUACGUCGAGACCGACCCCACCGGACGCUAUGGCAGGUUCGAUGAGCUCCUUGGCAAGGGGGCGAUGAAGUCGGUGUACCGUGGUUUCGACGAGGAGCGCGGCGUGGAGGUGGCGUGGAACCAGGCGCAUCUGACAGAUGUUCUCCGCACCCCGAAUGCGGUGGAGCGCAUGUACUCGGAGGUGCAGCUGCUGAGCACGCUCCGGCACGACGCCAUCAUCGGCUUCCACGCCUCCUGGGUCGACGUCUCCCGCCGCACAUUCAACUUCAUCACGGAGCUCUUCUCCUCCGGGACGCUCCGCUCCUACCGCCUCCGCUACCCUCGCGUGAGCCUCCGAGCCAUCCGCUCCUGGGCGCGCCAGAUCCUCCGCGGCCUCGCCUACCUCCACGCCCACGACCCGCCGGUGAUCCACCGCGACCUCAAGUGCGACAACCUGCUGGUGAACGGGCACCAGGGCCAGGUCAAGAUUGCCGACCUGGGCCUCGCCGCCGUGCUCCGCCAUCAGUCGACGGCGCACAGCGUCAUCGGCACGCCGGAAUUCAUGGCGCCCGAGAUGUACGACGAGGAGUACGACGAGCGGGUGGAUGUGUACUCCUUCGGCAUGUGCAUGCUGGAGAUGCUCACCGUGGAGUACCCCUACAGCGAGUGCUCCAACCCCGCGCAGAUCUACAAGAAGGUCACCGCCGGCAAGCUGCCCGACGCCUUCUACCGCGUCCAGGACGACGACGCGCGCAGGUUCAUCGGCAGGUGCCUUGUCAUUGCGUCCAAGAGGCCAUCGGCUGCGGAGCUCUUGACGGACCCUUUCCUGCUCGAUGAUCAUCAUCAUUCCAAGUCUGCUUGUGCCGUGAUGCCACCGUCGUCAUUGCAUGUUGCUGCUUCUUGUUCUUCGACCUGCAGCACCUCCGAUGUUGAGGAGGAUGCAGAACCUCCUACCCCCAUCAGGACGGACAUGACCAUCACCGGCAAGCUCAACGCCGAGGAGGACACCAUCUUCCUCAAAGUACAGAUCGCCGACCAGACAGGAAAUAAUGUGCGGAACAUCUACUUCCCGUUCGACAUGGCGAGCGACACCGCGAUGGAGGUGGCGGAGGAGAUGGUGAAGGAGCUAGAAAUCACGGACCGCGACCCGUCGGAGAUCGCGGCCAUGAUCGAGCAGGAGAUCGAGAGGCUGCUGCCCGGGCGAGAGCAGCAGCACGAGUACAGUGUGUACGCGGCAAAUGGUGACGACGAUGACGGAAACGAGGAGCGCCCUCCUCCCUUCUACUACCCCUCCUCUUCCCCCACCUCCUCCCAAGGCUCUCUCUGCGGGGUGGGGCCUUACGCCUCGGGAGGCUUCUCCGGCACACAUGGCGGUGGCUGGUCCAAAGAUUACGGAUGCUACACUUCUUUAAGCGACGACGAUGACAUGAGCUCCAUGCAUUCCGGUAAGUACUCUGCUCUGCAUUACGCCUCAGGUAAUGAAGAAGAGGAGGCCAAAUUACCACCUGAAGAGGAGAAUGUAGUAGGGCCCAGCUCCUGCACAGCAAAGGCAUCAAGAUUCAGCCCAGGAGAGAGGAGCAGCAGAAGCCCAGGGAGAGCAGAUACGGCCCAGCAGCAGUCGCUCGCGCGGCAGCUGCAGCGGCAGUGCAGCCUGGCGCCGCACGCCGGGCGGCCGCGGCGGCGUGACGACGACGACCACCACCACCAUGGUAGGAGGAAUAAUAGGAUGACGCGGAACCGGUCGAUGGUGGACAUGCGGAGCCAGCUGCUUCACCGGACGCUGGUGGAGGAGCUCAACCGCCGCCUCUUCUUCAACACCGUCGGCGCCGUCGAGAACAUCGGCUUCCGGGCACCGGCCACCGCCUCCUCGUCGUCGACGCGUGGAAGGAGAAGCAAAGACGACAAGCAUCACCAGUAUGUCAUGCUUUAGUUGAGCAAUCUGUUUUUUUGUACUUGAAGAACUGAACUGUUACUGCUGUACAGUUGUACUUGUACAGAGGAGAAAAAUACAUGUUGUGUCACCAUGGCAUGCCCUUAAAAGAGUGUGUGUGUAUUUUUCGAGAGUGUAGGCUAGCAGAAAAGUAGUGGUAUGGUUUGUUGCAAGGCUCGCGACAUGUAAGCUAUGACUCUGUACAUUCUUGCCGCAAAGUAAUAACGGCAAAAACAGUAGUACGCUCGCCGAUUGUUCUUUUUGCUACA